CAUACAUAUAAAUAAAAGAGAGAGACAGAGAGUAAGAGGGUGUGUGCGUGUGCGUAUCUUGUAUUUAUAGUCAUAUAAACGCGCAUCACUCUAAAUUAUAUACAAUUAAAAGAUGGAAUACCAAAAUACAGAAAUAAUGCAAUGCUGCUAUGAAAACCAAGAACAGCAAAACUCUUCAUGUAUCCAUCAUUCUCAUCUUAUCUAUUUUCCUGAAGACUGUUUCUAUCUAUCUGAUACUUUAUUAGAGCCAUCACUUUCUUAUAAUAACACAAUGACUUUAGGACAUACUAUGCCAAUUGAUUAUACUACUACAAACUUACACAGUCAAACUGUAUGCAACAAUAAAGAAGGCUUAUCUUUAUCUGAAGCUUCAUCGAUAAUCGAAAUUCAUAGUCCCGAUAUUCAUCCGGUUUCCGACAUGACUAUGACAACAAACACAAUCGAUCUUCUUUCAUCAUUAGAAAAUACAGUAGCACAAGCUAUGACGAAUGCCGAACCAUUACGUUCUUCAAUGACAACUAUUGAAUGGAAUCAUAAGGACACAUACCAACAACAUGUAUUUAGUAUUGAUCAUCCUAUCGAAUCUUGUUGGCCUCAGAAUAAGAUAGAUUUUUAUAAACAGGAUAUAAAAGAUAUUCAAGAGGUAUUGAAGAGGGAAAAAUAUAUAUAUAUAUACAACCAUAUAUAAAUAGAUAUAAACAUAGUAUGUUUAUAGGAUUUUCCUAUGCAAAGUCAGGAAGAAUAUCAAGUCGAUUUAAAUAAUUCAAGAGAAGAGAGUGCUUCAAGUAUGUGUGAUUUGUCAAAUAGUAGCAAUAGUAGUCAUUGUAAUACAGUUUGUUUUCCUCACUCUGAUGAGGACUGGAACUCUGCAAGUCAAAAGACGAAAGAGGGGGGACAGUCUUUGAAUGGCACAUUCUCAUUGAAAGAAGAAGCAGCUUUACAAGACUAUUCAUUUUUUCAAUUAUCUAAGGAAGAGCUUAUUCAGCGUGUAGUUGAAUUAGAAAGAGAAAAACAAUUAGCAUUAAAUAAAUUAGCUGG